UCAGGUGACCGUCGUUUUUAAUUACUCCUGACAACCUGCGAAUGUUAGUGAGCAUAUGCAUAAGGCGGAAUCGAUAGUGAUAACUCCCGUUAUCUGCGAAAUGCGCCAUGGAUUCUGAAAAGUUGACGCAAUUUUGAGGUUAUGGCGGCAUAAUAGCAUAGACAUAAGCUAUGUGCUCACGUUGGUAACAUUGCUGACGCCAAAGUCGCGUUGCAUUAUGGGUGAAAAACAAGAUGUACGUUUGUGACAAGUGAAAUUGUUACGCAUUUAUUGACAAUUAUUUUGGUUUAAAUAAAAAAGUGUCUUGAUAGUUUUACACAUAUGAGAGCAUUAUGUCGGAGCCAGAACCAGUGCAAUACACGCAUGGAGAUAUAGUCUGGGUGAAGCUACGGUUCUGUUGGUGGCCAGGGGAAGUUGUUGAAUAUGACAAGUUACCAGAAAACGUUCGAGAUGAGCUGCAGUUCAAGAAGAUGCCCUUGGCAAUUGUCACAUUCUUUCAAGAAGACAGCUAUGAAUAUAUAAAAAAUACUAAUCACAUAUUUUCAUACAAUUGCUUGAGGAAAGAUGAAUUUAUCAAGAAGGGCAUGGAUUUACAAAGAGCGAAGAAUCCAUUCAUGAAAAAAUUUUCUUCUGAUAUCAUAGUUGCUGAAAAGAUGACUCAUGGUAAUGAGAAUAUUUUAAGUGACCCUAAGUAUGGCCCGCCAAAGCCCAAGGAAAGUUAUGAAGGUAUAUUUCCAUCUCCAAACAAGAAACCUAAAGAUAAGUUAAAAAGGUUGAGUGGUAAGGGUUCACCUGGUAGGAAGAAAGCAGCUGAGCCAUUUGUAACUCAUCCCAGAUUUGUGGGUCAUGAUGAUCAUCAAGUUCGUAUGCUUAUUCAAUCACCUGAUAAAGUUCAAGAGCAAGUUGAUAAUAAUACUUAUACAUGUCAAACAUGUGGAUUCUCUUCAAACCGCUUAGGUGUUAUUAUGAUACAUAAUAAAACGCACAUAUCUUCUCCGGGCAUGGGAAAAAAAGCAAAACGUACGCCAAUCAAGAAAGUCAACAAGAGAGGUCCAUUUAGAAUUCCACACUCUAACACUUCAAGCAUAGAUGAGGACAUUGCAAGAAUUGAACAAGGUCUGUCAAUAACUGAAGACGACUUUUCCUCUCAUGAGGAUGAAGAGGACGAGGAUCAACCUAAGGUUAAGAGAAAGAAGGUUACGCUGAAAGGAAAAAAGAGCGGCAAAAAGCCGAAGGUUGAUUCAAAAGCUAAAGAAGAAAAGAAAACUGAUAUUCGUGUCGACUUAUUAGCUGAGUGGGAUGACGAGGAGGAGGAAGGAACCGAGGAAAAGGUAGAUGAAAGUGCAACUAAAGUUGAAGACAAAGCAACUGAAGAUAAGGCUGCUACAAAUGAAGAUGCAUUUUCUGCAGCUGUUGAAGAAGAAAAGGUUAGUGAUGAUAAAACAAUAAGCGAAGAUAAACCAGUCGAUGAUAAAUCAACGGAAGUUAAAGAGUCUACAUCUGAGGAAGUAGAUAAAUCAAGUUGUGAUUUCAAGGAAACACAGGAAAAGGUUGAUUCCGAAACGACUGUAAAUCUCGACAAAAGAAAGUCUGCAGAACCAACGGAAGAUCCGAAUUUGCCAACUGCAGAGGAUGACGCAAAUCGUACAAUCGAUAAUCAAAGCAAUUCCGAGACUCUUACCGAAAAAACAACACCAGAACCUGACACGAGUUCAUUUAAGGAAUUGAUGGAAACUACAACUUUACCGGAAUUACCUGAGAUGCCUGCAACAUUGAAAUGUGAACAAAAUUUUCACAACAGCAAGACAAUUAAAUUUCCCGAUAAGACGGAAUCGCCGCCUGCUUCUGCUACGAAGCUUACAAAUCCCAAAAAACGUUUUGUGAAAUCUUUUGAGGAGACAAUGGAAAAGGAAAAUGGAAAUAAAAAAUCGAAAAUUGAUCCAGUCGUAGAAGAUACACCUUGCAAGAGUAUUGUUUUGUCUAAUAAAUCUUUCGAAGAUUUUCAAUGCAGUCUUCUAAAUACCGGUAUUGUUACCGAAACGGAAACGCUUCUGAAAGAUGAACAAAUUGGUGCCUCAUCUUCUUCUUCAAUGGAAGUUGAUAUGGUCUGUGCUUCUCCUAUUGACAAGAAGAUUGAUAAAAUGGAUUCAAAGAAAGAAACGCGCAGUUCUAAAAAGGACCUUAAAUUAAAAUCUGAUGUAUUGGAGGAUAACAAAAAGGAUUCCAGAACGCCAACCAGAGAGCUACGACGUGAUAAGAAAUCCAAGGAUUCUAAAGACGUUAGCAUUAAAGUUACAGAAGUUCUUGAGGAAAAGAAGGAAGAUGUCAAAGUAAAAGAACAAAAGCCUGAAAAGGUAAUUGCGAAAGAAGAAGAUUCUAAGUUUCACGGUAGAAGAUCGCUGAGAGAGAAAAGGCAAAGUAAACUUACAAGGGAGGCGUCUAAGGAGUCUGAUGUCGAGGAUAAAGUUGUGGAAGAAAUAGAAGAGCCUCCUAAGCAAGAAUCGGAGAGUAAAAUCAUUUUAGAAGAAAAAGCAAAGGAAGACAAGAAUGGUGCAAAUCAGAAAGCUAAAAUGGAAGGUAAAUCCGGUAAAAAGAAAGUGAAAACCGUGUUUGAGGAAGAAAUUAAAGGUAAACGAGAGGAGGUGAAAGAGAAAAGUUCUGGUUUGAAAGAUAUUAAAAAUAUAGACGCAGAAGAAGAAGCAAAACCUAAAAAGGAAGAAGCUAAAAAUGUGAAAAAGUUAGACUUUGAAGCUGCUUUGGAAUCUGCAGAUACUGUAUUCAAUGAAUCAAAGAGGCGAAAAAAACAUUCAGAGUCUCAAACUAAAGAUAAACCGGAAGUAGAAAAGUCGAAAAAAUCUUCGAAAAUUGAAUCCGCCAAACAUGAUCUGCAAGAUGAUCUUCCUAAUAAAGCAGGAAAGAGCAAUCGCCUUUCUAAAGGCGCCGAUGUGAAAGUAAAGAAAGUUAGUAAAGUAGAGACAGAUGCUAUUGAGAAAACAAUCAAAGAAGAUACUGAGAAAAGUAAAUCCAAAAUAAGUGAAACCGUUCGAGAACCAGAAAAGGAAAAAAGAGACAAAGAAGAAGAACCAGAAAAGGAAGAAAUCUUAAACGAGACAAAACAAAUCAAGAAAUUGGCACGCGCUUCUAAAAAUGAUCAGAAGGAUCCAGAAGAUGUUGUUGAAAAUAUUGAUUUCACUCCAAGUAAACGCAAGAAGACAAGUAAGUUGGAUGUUUUAAAAGAUGUUGACGCUUUAGAAACACCAAAAGAAAGCAAAGACGAAGUUGCUAAACCAUCGAGAAGUAUGCGAAGUGGUGUUAAAAAGCAGUUGGUCGAUGAGGCUGCAUUAAAAGUUAUCAUUGGUGCUAUUAAGAAAAGAGAUGUAACAAAUCAAUCUAUUAUUAAAGACGCGGUAGAGGAUAAAAAGAAGGUUGAAGAUCAUAGCAAAAUAGUUAAAAAAUUGGAUCCUAAAGAAGAUUCCUCUGAAAAAUCAGAAAUAUUAAAACGUAAUUUAAGAAGCAAGAAAACUGAAACCAAAGACGUACAGAUGCCUGAGGUGGAUGUUAAAUGUGAUAAUUUAGAGAAUAGUGAAAAAGUGUUAGUUGAGCAAGAUAUUAAAGAUUCUCCUGACUUGGACAUUGCUAAAUUACAAGUCCCAGUAGUUGAAGAUAAUACUGAAGUUACAUCAACUCUACAAACAGGUUCAGAGGAAGUAAGUAUGUCUUGUGUUGAUGUUAAAGAAGCUGAAAUACCAAUGGUUGAACUUCCUACGGUGCUACCUAAAGAAAUUGAGGAAUUAAUUGAGAAAAAAGAAGCUCCAAUUAAAGAUAUUAAAGUUAUUAGUCAACCAUUGGCUCAAGAAGAAUCUACAUCAGUUGUUGAAAACAUUGUAGAAAAAUCAAAUGUAAAUAUUGUAGAGAAGGAAGACAUUGAACUUAGACAUGUGAGUGUAAAAUUGAACAAACGUGAAAAAAGAAGAGAUAGGACGAGUUCUCGACUUAGUGACCAACGUGCUAAGAAGUAUGGUGCAAUAGAAGAAAUGUUUAAGUCCUCAGAUUUGCAGGCUUCAAAUUCGAAAAAAGAGCAGCAAACAGAGAAGGUGGAAGAUUCGCCUGCAAUUGAGCCAUUGAAAAACCAAGAUGUUAAAGAUGAAUCAAAAAAUGAGAAAAAAGAUGGUGUCAGCUUUGAGUGGUUAGAAGGACAGAACUUCGAUAUAAAUUUAAAAUCAUACAAUAUACCUGAUGAACAAAUUGUAUGCAAUGAUGAGAAGGUUGAAUCAAAGCAAGAAAUUCGCGAACAACAAGACGAAACUCCGAGAUCAACUGAAGAAAAUAAGAUUGAAUUAAAUGAAAUAGAUAAGGUGGUACCUCAUGUCGAAAAAGAGGAAUCCAAGGAAAUAGAAGCUGAAACAAUCCAAUUAGAUAAUUCUAUUAAAAAACCGGAACCUGAAGUAUCAAACGAAUUGAAGGUUCAAGAAAAUGUUGCAGUUGAUUAUACUGAUAUCGAUAUUGUUGAAAAUAUUGAAAGCGAAAAUCCUGAAAAUAAACUGGAAACUGAUAUAGAAGAAUCAUAUAUAAAUUUAGAUAUGCUAAAAGAAGAUUUAGCUGUUCCAUCAACAAUUACCGAAAACAAGGAACAAAAUUUAAUUGUACAAAAUGUGGAAAUUAUUGAAAAUGUUGAUCAAAUCACGUUGCCUGUUGAUGGUAUAUUUGAAAACAAAGAAGAAUCUACAAAAACAGAAGAAAAAGAAAUAAUUCUGGAGAUUCCAGAAAACAAAGUCGAAAUAGAUGAAAUCAAAGAGUUUUUGGAGACUACACUUGAUAAGAAAGAAGAUGUGGAAAAAAUAGAAGAACCCUCAGACGCAUGCAAAAUCGACAAAAAACCCGAAGAAUUGUCAUCAAUCAAAAAAUCCAAAAGGGUCACAAGUGAUUUAAAUGUUGAACAAUUGUUUGAAACAAUUUGUGGCUCCAGUAAAUUAAAAGGAAAAAGUGCAUUGAAAGCAAAGAGUCCGAAAAAAAUUGAGACUGUGUCGGAUGCGCACGGAUUGGAUCCAAUAAUUGAAUCGGAAAGUAAGUGUUCCCUAAUUCCGAAGAGUGUUGAAGUAUCCAAAUUAAAAAAUCAAUUAAUGACUAAAUUGCAAGAAAAUAAAAAACCUACUGGUCGUCAGAGAACGCGCAGUGAGGAUGUUAAAAGUCGAGAAUUUAAUGAUAUUGUUGGAAUAUUGCCUCCAAAAAGAAGUCGUGAGAGUAGUACUGAUAAAAGUUUGAGGAGGUUGUCUUUACAGACUCAUGAUGUUAGCACCGAUAAGAACGUGGAGGCGGCUAUCGAGGCGACAAGCAUUGUAGAAGAGGAAAAGAAAAUAGAUGAACUUCAGUGCGAAAAGAAGAAUGUUGAUGAAACUAUCGAAUUUGAUGUUAAAAAUAUCAUUGAAGAAGUGUUGGACCGCACCGAGAAUAUUUUACCUAUAGUUACUCCAUUAUUGCCUCAGCUAUCCGAGUUGGUUCCUGAUGAGAAAGAAUUGAGUAUUGAGAAGAAUUUGACUGUUGUAUCAGCAAGCGAUUUAGGAGAUGGACAAGUGGAAAUCGCUAAUAUUCCAAUCAUCGAAGAAGGUACCAUUAAAGCAACUACAAUUGUGGAUUUCACGGAAACAGAAGAGAUUCGUGCUCCUCCGCCAAGCAGCGAAAUGGAUAUUGAGAAACAGAUGGAAGAUAUCGUUGGAGGUUCUUUGGGUUUCAGUGAUCCAAUUAAGAAAUCUGAUUCAGACCCGAACAAAUCAAAAGGUGUAUCUCAAUCGAAACUGAUGGAAAUCCUUGCCGACGUUAACAUCGAGUCUCAAGAGAAGGUUAAGUCUCCAAUACCGAAAAUACCAAAUCCAAAAUUCGAUAUUACUCCUGCCAAACCAAAAACUAAGUUGGUUGUACGAACGUCUCUUCCAUCUGGUAGCAAAUCGAACAAAGCAACAAUAUUAUCGGAAAAAAUAAUUAAACCUGCCAGCACCGAAUCAUCUUCAGUAUCAGUCCAAAAGAUUACAUCUAAGAGAUCAUUUGAAGACUACGAGGAUAUUGAUGCUUACAUAAUUAAAAAAACUGCUAAAGUAGCUGCCAUCGAAAAUUCACCAGAAUUGAUAAAGAAACCCCUAUUGGCUGCUAAAAGUAAACCGAAGAUUAUUAAUCAAACAAUAAUAACACCUGCAGGAAAAGUGAUCCAGCCAAUUAUAUCUAAAACCGAUGACAACGUUUUCGACAUAGAUAAUAUGCCAAUAGUUCUUACCGAUCAAUUAUUAACACCAGAGUCAAUUGAAAAUAUGCAAAUCAUAGUACAGGAUACAGCUCAAGUUCCUAAUAAGACCAUCAAGAAAAUUGUGCCACAAACGCAACCGCAAGUUAAAAUUUUAAACAAGUCCAUGCCGACAAGCUUUAGAUCGUUGACACCGGGGAAAACAUUCAUCAAACAUAUUAAGCCAACGCAGAAAGUGUAUCAAACAAGCACACCGUCAGGAUUGAAGCACAGCCCAACUAUUAUCAGCCAAGCCGGAAAGCCUGGUAAAUUCGUGAUAGUUCCACCGGAGUCCUCAACACCUACAGGCAGUAAAUAUACAGUUGGAAAACGUCCAUUCAUCAAAAAGAGUCCAGCGAUUCUGAGCUCUCCCACAAGCAAACUUCAGAAUGUCAGCAGCGAACCCAGAGGUAAUAAAAUAAUGAUUGUAACUAAUAACCAGGGACAGCAGUCGCGAGUACUCCUGACGCCAGCGCAACAAAAGAAAAUUGGUUAUCAAACGCCAAUUAAAAAGCCUACAACUAUUAAAGGUAUAGUACAAAAAGACAGCUCGAAAUCGCCGAAUAUAAUUUCACAAACGAUAAUAAACUCGAAAGGGCAAAUAACCACCACCAAUACAGGUUUAUAUACAACACCGGGUACAUCAAUGUCUCAGAUUAGAAAAACUAAGAUCGAGCCUAAGAAGAUUUUGGGACAAAAGCUAUUGCUUCAUAGUCAAAUUAAAGGCCCCACAGGACAACAGAGGACCAUAAUUAUAAAAAAUCCGCAGGGUCAGACGGUGAAGAAAAUCCAAGGCACUGAUGACGCUUUGCUGGAAAAGCAAGUAGCUGAACAAAUAGAGGCAAUAAAUAGAGCUGCUGGAACUAAAACAAAUUACAAGCAGGUGGCUCUUAAACGUGCUUCAUAUCCUGGAAAGAAACCCGAAUCCAAAGUAUCUGUAAAUAAACAAGUAUUCUUGAAUACCUCGGCCUCCACGAAGACUACAACAAUUCCACCGUUGGCUCCAAUCUCACCGACUAAAAAGAUGGAAACUACUAAAAUCCUGAAACCAACACCAUCGGUUGUUCGAGAAGCAGAGAAGCAAGAGACGAUACAAGCUAAACAGGAGACAGAUACGAAGCGCACACCACAUCAAUUAGUGAUCCAAGAUGCACUUGGAAAUCAAACGACCAUUACCGAAGGCCAGAUUUUAGCUUUACCAAGUGAAACCGUAGAUGGACAACCACAAUCGUACAUGCUCGUUACGUUGGAUGAAACUGGAAAUUUGACACCGCUCAAUAAUGAAGCUUUAAUGUCGUUAGAUCCAAAUCUCGGAGGAGAUUUAAGCAAUAUGGUGCUUCAAAUUGAUCAAAACGAAACGACAACUUCUGUUACGCCAACAACAACAAUCGUAUCACCUGCACCAGCACCUGAACCCAUAGAAAAAAUCAAGGUUGAACCGACGCCGCCGCCUCCUGUGGUUGAACCUACUCCAACAACAUCGGCAGAUCAGAAUUCCUCAAUACCAGGCCUUUCUAUUAACAACGGAGAUACGAAUCAACAGUUAAUAAUAACCGGGGAUCCAGCUUCCACCCAAAAGUUCUUAGAAUCUCUCACCGAAGGAAACGCAGAUUUAGCUAAUUUACUAGCAAACGCGGAAGGUAAUAUUUUGAUACAGGCCGAUGGGCAGCAAAUUUUAAUAAAUAAUGACUCAGAAAAUCAGAUGCUGCUUGCAUUGAAUCCAGACUCGUUGGGUGGCGAUAACAGUGCCAUAUUCGCCAAUCAGACUCCCAAGAAUCAGGAUAUUCUUGCAGCUGCUCUUGCUGAUACCGACGUUUUCCAACAAGAACAGCAAUCUCUAGUACCUAAAGUGACGCAAUCACAAUUGAGUCCCGGAAGCGGCCUCUAUCCAAUGAACGUUAACAAUGUUCUUGAAACAAGUACGAUGAAUUCACCCAUAAUGAGUCCGUUAGAAAUCCCUAGCACUAAUAGUAAGAAAAUCGAAGCCGAUAUAUUAUCGCAGGUUCCGAAGAAUGUGGAUUUGCCAAUCACUAUAACGGAUCCCAACAUUUCUCAAACAGUUUCGCAGCAGCAGGUUGCCUUGAUGGCCAGUUCGGAUUUGGAGUUGCCUCUAGCUAUACAAGACGUUGUAGCCGUGACCUCGGCAGGCUUGAAUAGCCCAUCUUUUGGUUAUUCGUUACCAUCGUUGGACGAGAAACCGUUCACCGGAUCAAUUUCCAUGCCCCUGUUGACCGAGGAUCCAGAAGACGCAGCCUCCAGUCUACCGAAUGAGAUUAUCCAGAAGGACAAGUCUAAAUUACCUGUUAAGGAGGAAUAUCUUUUGAGUACUAUGUCCACUCAGAUGUGCAGCUCGUUAAGUGAACCACCACCUGACAUGUUCGACUUCGAUAAUAUGGAUCCGACUUUCGAGCUAGAGCAAAAAGAUGUCGACAUCCCCGUUACCUCUAGCGAUGGAUUCGGUGUAGACAAGAUCCAUUCGCCGGGCGCUAUCAGCACAGAUGAUUCUGUAGAAAUUCCAGUUCAACCUGAAAUUGUGACCAACACCGGCAGUGGAAGUCCAAAGCGAAGCUUGGACCGAAAAGACGAUGACGUGGAGGAAUCCGAAAAGAAGAAAAGUAAAGUUGACUGAAUCUGCGAAGCAAAGUAAAAAACGGAAAAUUAAAGAAAAAGGAAAAGACUUGUAUAUAAACAAAUGUGUAUAGGGAUAUCAACGAUUACUAUUUCUAUUUUC